AUGGAGAGGGAGUCGAGGUCCAGGGAAGGCGGGGCUGCGACAGAAUCCGGGACGACCUUGGUCCCAGACAGGGGCGGUGAGGAGGCGGGGGCCCUCAGGGAGAACGGCUCCUGGGGGCACGCGGGGGCGCUUCUGGCCCAGGAGGCUGCGGGGGUGGUGGCCGCGGCUGUGCGGGAAGCUAAGGCCCAGGAGAGCCGAGAGGAGGCCGGUGGGGGGCAGGAGUUGGUGCUGGUGGUGGAGGAUAACUUGGCAGAGGUGGAGGUGCCCGCGGUGGAAGACGAGGAGGUUCUGGCGGUGGAAGACGAGGAGGUGGCGCAAGCAGAGCGGGUCGAGAAGCCGAAGGAGUUGUCGCAGGCAGAGCCGGUGCCCCGGCCCGACACAGUCGGGGCCGCACCUGCCGCGCUGCAGGUGGUUCAGGAAGCGCUCCGCUCAGUGGAUGCCCAAGCCACCAGGGCCUACUUGCGGCUCAAGCGCAGGAUGAAUCAGAAGCGGUGUGGUCACCUGGCUCCGAGGAGGGCCGUCAUCCAGGCCAGUCCUGGCUUCUGGGCACACGCCAUCCUGAAUCACCCCCAGAUAUCAGCUGUGAUAGGUGACGAGGACACAGACAUGCUCAGCUACAUGACCUAUUUAGAGGUGGAGGAACUGGGUCGUCCCAAGUACCGCUGCAGGUUGAUGUUUUACUUUGGGAGCAACCCCUACUUCCAGAACGACGUGAUCGUUAAGGAGUAUCACCUUAGCAUCGGCGGAUAUAGGGAGACUCGUUGCACUCCAGUCCAGUGGUUCUGGGAUUAUGAACGUGGUGCUGCCAGCCGCAGGCGAGACCCCAGCGGCCUGAACUUCUUCAACUGGUUGUGUGACCCCAGCUGCCCAGGGUCCAACAGGAUCGCCGGGAUCAUCAUCGAGGACCUGUGGCCCAAUCCCUUGCAGUACUACCCGAGGCAGGAAGGCGGCCUAUGGGAAUGAGCUGAGAGGAGGACCUGUCGGCAUGGCAGCUGUGUGGAAGUGGACAUCACAGAGCAUCCGCGUUGCACCACCAAGAAGAAUCUGAUGAGGCCUCCACCGUUGAGAGACAUGGAUGGGCUCGUCUCCGUGGUGCUCAGCCUGCACGGGACAGCAAAGGGGACAAGGAUCAGCAGGGGCAGCGCGAGAGAGGAUCCUGCCCCUAGCUGCAGGGUCAGGGAGAAGGGCCAUAAACAAGUUACAAAGCAC